ACCUUUUGAAAUCUUAGGCUUUGCAAACGACAACCUUAAUAAUUCAUAAUAGAGCAACCACUCAUUUUUGCAUUUGGUAUCUCCCAUACCGAUAUUAUCACAGCGACGAUGAAAGCAAUGAUAGCACCGUCCGUUGAUGUCUCCGCCGCUUGCUUCGGUGCCCCUCCGUCGUGUGCUCCCCUCUGCUCUCCGAAUAUCAGUUCUUCAUUUCUAAAAUCCCUGAACUCUCACAAGGGACGGAGAAGAAGCAUUGCUGUUCAACAUAAGUUUCCAAACUUCCGCAUGGAAGCUGCUCUGAAUGGAAAUUUGGAGGCUAUUCAAGUUCCAACUUCGGUGCCAGUGCGUGUAGCACACGAGCUUCUUCUGGCUGGGCAUCGGUAUUUGGAUGUGAGGACUCUAGAAGAGUUCAAUGCUGGACACGCUCCUAGCGCUAUUAACAUACCUUACAUGUUCAGAGUUGGAUCAGGGAUGACAAAGAACAGCAACUUUCUUGAAGAGGUCUCCUCACAUUUUAGGAAAGAUGAUGAAAUCAUUGUUGGGUGUCAGCUUGGUAAAAGGUCUAUGAUGGCUGCUAGUGACUUGUUAGCUGCGGGGUUCACUGGAGUCACAGACAUAGCUGGUGGUUAUGCUGCUUGGACCCAAAAUGGACUUCCAACAGAACAGUGAAGUGUUCCGGUUGGACCUGCAGCUGUAUAUAGAAUAAAUUUGGGUGGAGUCCCAUGGAUGGAACUGCGGAAACACUUCACCGAGGUAGUCGUAAUCAGAUACUGGUUCCCUAAAUGGAAAAGUACAUGUAAAUGCAGAAAUGGUUAUAUAUAUUUGUCGAUAUCAACAAUUAAAGAAGGUUAUUCGCAAAUAAACUCUCUUUCUUGGCUUGAUGUGUUGUUGAUGAUGCCAUCGUCU